AUGAAAAGACUCACGUGGAAUCCGCGACACGGCCUGAGUGACAGUAUAAAUACAAGACGAAUCGAAAGCGUGCAUAGUCAAUCAUUUUAUACGGGAACAGCAAAUCCUGACUAUUUCAAGAAAUCAAUGAAGCUUGGAAUUCUUCUAGCAUUACUCUUAAUUAUUACUGCAGUUUCUGUGGAGGGAGGUUUUGGGAAAUCGCUAAGGAAGGGGCUGAAGAAAAUUGGUAAACCGUUCGAGAGAGGCAUAAAGAAGGGGGCAAAAAUUGCUGCUGCAGGUGUGGCAGGAAGAGCGAUUUUAUCGGCCGCUGCUGGAAGACGUAAAAGGUAUGUCCAUGAAGAAUACGUCGGCAUGUAG